AGCGGAGUUGGAGGAAGCGGCGUCCGCGACGAGGGCGGCGGGCUAGCGCGUUGGAGGCGCCGAGCUCGGAGCCGGAACGGCGGGCCGGUCGGGGCCGGGUCGGAGGCGCUUCGGAGGCCGCCGCUGCAGCCCGGGCCCCGCAGAGGAAGAAAGCCGGCCGGCGGGGGAGGUGAAGCUUGUGCGUGGUGUGCAACAGUAAAAUCAGACGCCAGAUGGACAGUGUGACAAGAGUGUCAGAAAGGAUUGGGCCGCGCUGCGAGAGUCAGCCUGGAGGCCAAGUGUUGAUGAGUUGCUGAAAAGAGAGGACCGUGGGCCGCAGAGGAAGUGGCGCUCUGUCUUCAGUCACACCAUUGAUGGAGGACAGAUGGACAGCCGGACAUCCAGUCACCUCUCCUCUUAAACCUUUGGAGAGUUGUCCUUUGUCCUCUGCUGGACACCUAUUAGGAAUCUUAACAUACUCUCUGAAUUCGCUUUCCAUAGAAACGUAAAGUCAGACUGCAGUGUGCAACUGGACGCGUCUGUUGCAUGGUUACAGAUCUGCAGCCAUGAGUGCCGAGGGCUACCAGUACCGGGCGCUGUAUGAUUACAAAAAGGAACGAGAAGAAGAUAUUGACUUGCACUUGGGCGAUGUAUUGACUGUGAAUAAAGGGUCUUUAGUAGCCCUUGGAUUCAGUGACGGACAGGAAGCCAGGCCUGAAGAAAUUGGCUGGUUAAAUGGGUAUAAUGAGACGACGGGGGAAAGAGGGGACUUUCCAGGAACUUAUGUUGAAUAUAUUGGAAGGAAAAAAAUCUCGCCUCCCACACCAAAGCCCCGACCACCUCGACCCCUUCCUGUUGCACCAGGAUCUUCGAAAGCUGAAGCAGACAGUGAGCAGCAACAGCAAGCUUUGGCUCUGCCGGAUCUUGCUGAGCAGUUUGCCCCUCCUGACAUUGCUCCACCCUUUCUUGUGAAGCUCGUGGAAGCCAUUGAAAAGAAAGGUCUGGAAUGUUCAACUUUAUACAGAACACAGAGCUCCAGCAACCUGGCAGAAUUACGACAGCUUCUUGAUUGUGAUGCCGCCUCCGUGGACUUGGAAAUGGUCGAUGUGCACGUUUUAGGAGACGCUUUCAAACGCUAUCUUACGGACUUACCGAAUCCUGUCAUUCCAGUAGCCGUUUACAACGAAAUGCUUUAUUUAGCCCAAGAAGUACAAAGCUCUGAAGAAUAUAUCCAGCUGUUGAAGAAGCUCAUUAGGGCACCUAACAUACCUCAUCAGUAUUGGCUUACACUUCAGUAUUUGCUCAAACAUUUCUUCAAGCUCUCUCAAACCUCCAGCAAGAAUCUUCUGAACGCAAGAGUACUCUCUGAACUUUUCAGCCCUCUGCUUUUCAGAUUCCCGGCAACCAGCUCUGAGAAUACUGAACACCUCAUAAAAGUUGUAGAAAUUUUAAUCUCAACGGAGUGGAAUGAACGACAGCCUGCACCAGCGUUGCCUCCUAAACCACCCAAACCCACCACUGUAGCCAACAACGGUAUGAAUAACAAUAUGUCCUUACAAGAUGCUGAAUGGUACUGGGGCGAUAUCUCAAGGGAAGAAGUGAAUGAAAAACUUCGAGAUACAGCUGACGGGACCUUUUUGGUACGAGACGCAUCUACUAAAAUGCAUGGGGAUUACACUCUUACACUAAGGAAAGGAGGAAAUAACAAGUUAAUCAAAAUAUUUCACCGAGAUGGGAAAUAUGGCUUCUCUGACCCACUAACCUUCAACUCUGUGGUUGAACUAAUAAACCACUACCGGAAUGAGUCCCUAGCUCAGUAUAAUCCCAAACUGGACGUGAAAUUACUUUAUCCAGUAUCCAAAUACCAACAGGAUCAAGUUGUCAAAGAAGAUAAUAUUGAAGCUGUAGGGAAAAAAUUACAUGAAUAUAACACUCAAUUUCAAGAAAAAAGUCGGGAAUAUGAUAGAUUAUAUGAAGAUUAUACCCGUACUUCCCAGGAAAUCCAAAUGAAAAGAACAGCUAUUGAAGCAUUUAAUGAAACCAUAAAAAUAUUUGAAGAACAGUGCCAAAGCCAAGAACGGUACAGCAAAGAAUACAUAGAAAAAUUUAAACGCGAAGGCAAUGAGAAAGAAAUACAAAGGAUUAUGCAUAAUUAUGAAAAGUUGAAGUCUCGCAUCAGCGAGAUUGUGGACAGUAGACGACGACUGGAGGAAGACUUGAAGAAGCAGGCAGCUGAGUAUCGGGAGAUUGACAAACGCAUGAACAGCAUUAAACCAGACCUCAUUCAGCUGAGAAAGACAAGAGACCAAUACUUGAUGUGGUUGACUCAGAAAGGUGUUCGGCAAAAGAAGCUGAACGAGUGGCUGGGCAACGAAAAUACCGAAGACCAAUAUUCGCUGGUGGAGGAUGAUGAGGAUUUGCCGCACCACGACGAGAAGACCUGGAACGUCGGCAGCAGCAACAGAAACAAGGCUGAAAACCUGCUCCGGGGAAAACGGGACGGCACCUUCCUGGUCCGGGAAAGCAGUAAACAGGGCUGCUACGCCUGCUCCGUGGUGGUGGACGGCGAAGUGAAGCACUGUGUCAUCAACAAAACGGCAACCGGCUACGGCUUUGCCGAGCCCUAUAACUUGUACAGCUCCCUGAAGGAGCUGGUGCUACAUUACCAACACACGUCCCUCGUGCAGCACAAUGACUCCCUCAACGUCACACUAGCCUACCCGGUAUAUGCACAGCAGAGGCGAUGAAGCACCUGUCCUCUGAUCCUUCUCCUGGAGCUCAACCACCCCGAGGCCUCUGGAAAGCACAGGGCUCCUCUCCAGCCUGACCUGUAAUUGAGCUGAGGAAACGCGGCCAUCUGCCUUCAGAUGGGACUCAAGCUUUCGACAAAAAAGUAGAGGGGAAGACACGCAGCCUAGCACUGUGCGAGGACCAUACGUUUCUGGAGUCCUUGUCUUUUUUUUUUUUUCUUUUUUUGGUUUAAUUUAAAGCCACAAGGACACACAACACAAAGAGAAAAAGAAAUGCAAAAAUCUCUGCGUGCAGGGACAAAGAGGCCUUUAACCAUGGUGCUUGUUAAUGCUUUCUGAAGCUUUACCAGCUCAAAGUUGGGACCUUGAAGACCAGAGGGUGGACGGGCUCGAGAGCCCUGGCCUGGGGACCCUAGAGCCGGGCUACUUCGGCCUGGGUGUGGGCUGUGCACGGUGGACCCAGACACCUCGCACUGUGGAUUAUUUCAUUUUCUGACAAAUGAACGGUAUGUAGCAGAAAGGCACUUCGGCUCACCAGAGACGUUUGGCGAGAACGUCCGCUCAUGCACGUUCGGAGGAAAUUCAGGUGUAGCGGAGUCGUCAGCAGGUUUUUCGUUUAGACUUUAACAAAAACCACCCCAGCAACAGAAAAAUGGAGCUUGGAAAAACGGGACUUUAAAAGAACAUUCAUUAUAUAAAAUAUGUACAUAACCAUGGAUGACUAACUAUCAAAUAGAUGGAUUUGUAUCAAUACCAAAUAGCUUCUGUUUUGUUUUCCUGAAGACUAAAUUCACAGUGCUAUGCAAUUCUUAAUUUUCAUUGUUACUUCAGUUUUAAAUGUACCUUCAGAAUAAGCUUCCCCACCCCACUUUUUGUUGCCUGAAAAUAUUAUUGUCCCUAAUUUUUUUUGUUAAUAUUCAUUUUGUGAUUCUUUUUUUUUUUUUUAAAGAAGAAGUGUGUACAGGAUGCCAGUAAAAAAACAAAAAUGGCUUCAGAAUUAAAACUAUGAAUUAUUUUACAGUUUUUCUUGUACAGAGUACUUGGCUGUUAGCCCAAGGUUAAAAAGUUCCUAACAGAUUUUUCUGGACUAAAUGUUUUGUUGGGCAGUGCCUGAUAAGCUUCAAAGCUGCUUUAUUCAAUAAAAAAAGAGAAAGAUAUAUGAAUAUGACAAAGUA